AUGGAGUGCAAUAGAGAUGAAGCUUUAAGGGCAAAAGGAAUAGCAGAGAGGAAAUUUUUAACAAAGGACAUUCCAGGGGCAAAAAAGUUUGCUUUAAAGGCCCAAACUUUGUUUCCUGAACUUGAGGGUAUUACUCAAAUGAUAGCAACUCUAGAUAUUUAUCUUGCUGCAGAAAAUAAAAUAAACGGUGAAUCUGAUUUUUAUGGGAUUCUUGGUGUAAGCCCAGUAGCUGAUGAUAAAACCGUGAGAGGGCAUUACCGUAAUUUAGCUUUGUCUCUUCAUCCGGACAAGAACAAAUCCAUAGGGGCAGAUGGGGCAUUUAAGUAUAUCUCAGAAGCAUGGAGUCUGUUGUCUGAUAAAGCAAGAAGAAAAGCUUAUGACCAAAAGAGAAACACAAACACUAACCAAAAUGGUUUCUACAAUUUCACAAAGAGUACAACUACAACUACAAAUAAAACUCCAAAUGCAACCACUUCACAAACAAAUUUAAAGACAUUUUGGACUGUAUGUCAUGCAUGCAAGAUGCAAUACGAGUAUUUAAGAAUGUAUCUUCAUCAAAAUCUCCUAUGCCCAAAUUGCCAUGAACCCUUUUUAGCAAUUGAGACUCCUGCCCCAAAUACAAAAGUUUCUACAAAAGGUUUUAAAAGCUCCAAAAUAUCAACCAAGAAUCAAGCAAGGCAUAAGAAAGGGGAAAAUGUUAGUGAUUACACAACCCACCAGUGGGGCCCGUUUUCCAAAACAACAACAACAACAACCACUCCCGCUUCUUCAGUUCAAGCUGCAACCUUGGUUCAACGUGCUUAUGAAAGGGUAAAAAGGGAAAGAGAAGAAGCUCAGGCUGCCAUUAAACGAGAGGAAGCUUUAAAAAGAAAAAAGAAAAGAUCAGGUAAUCUUUCAUCAUCUGGGCAUCAUACAGUGGUUGAUUUGAAGAAAGGUGUUUUGAGUAAUGAUGUCAAUUCUCUACUUGUUCAUAAGGCAAGAACCGAAAUCAAGAAAAGAUUGAGUCAAUGGAAGUCAGAAACUUUGGUCAACUAUAAGGUUGACCGGAAACAAGAAGAAGAACAAAAACAAGACUCGCUGUCAAGAAAGAACACAAUGACAAUGACACCACUCCUGAUUGAUGUCCAGGAUCCGGAUUUUCACAACUUUGAUCGGGAAAGAAGCGAAGGGCGUUUUCGGGAAGGUGAAAUAUGGGCAGUGUAUGAUGAUGAUGAUGGGAUGCCAAGAAAUUACGCUUUUAUCCACAAGAAAGCAUUUGGGGAGUUUAGAAUAGGCAAACACCAGAGUCUCUGUUUUCCUAAUUAUUUUUCACAUAAAGUUAAUUUUAAGAAAAUGGAAAAUGGGAGUUUUGAAGUUUAUCCAAGGAAAGGAGAGGUUUGGGCUUUAUACAGAGAAUGGAAUCAGGAAACCCGGAAUGAAUUCAAACAUAAGUAUGAAAUUGUUCAAGUUGAUGAGUGUGAUGAAGAAGAAGAAGGGUUUAAGGUUACCCAACUUGUGAAAGUUGCAGGCUUUAAAACUGUGUUUCAUAGGCAGAUAAAUGUCAAGGACAGAAGGGUAAUUCCGGAAAGUGAAAUAACGCGGUUUUCGCAUCAAAUCCCAUCUUACUUUCUAACUGGUCAAGAAUCUUUGAAUGCUCCAAAGGGUUGUUGUGAGCUGGAUCCUGCAGCUGUUCCUGAUGAGUUUCUUCAAGUUAUAGCAGUACAACAAGAAGAAGAGGAAGAAAACAUCCAUGAUCAUGAUGAUGAGUCAGCAGUUUUAGCGGAUGUUAAGGAAGUGGUGAACUUGGAUGAUGAGGUAGUGGUCUAA